CAGCGGAUUGUCGCUCGUCGGCUCCAAAUAAGCCAUUCCUGUGUUUCAAAAGUUUGCAAGCGCUUUCAAGAGACUGGUAGCUUUAUCCCGAGACCAAGAUCUGGACGGCGCCGGGGCACAUCGGAGAGGAAUGACCGUUUUAUCGUGUUAACCUCUCUCCGAAAUCGGCAUUAACCUGGUGUCGACGUCCAAUAGGAGCUCCGAGAUGUUCGUAGGGUAGCAGCUAGCAAGUAGACAGUUCGUCGACGACUCAAGCAAGCGAAUCUGACUCCAAAAAGGCCUGUCACAGGCCCGAAACUCACGGUAGCUCAUCGACAAGCACGCCUUCAAUUUGCUCGUACCAAUCUUAAUUGAGAGGUUGAGCAAUGGAGGCAAAUCCUGUUCUCCGAUGAGAGCAGGAUGUGUUUGCAUGGUAGCGACCGAAGAGGUUGGGUCCACAGGCGGCCUGGGGAGCGAUUUGCGCAGUGCUGUUUCGCUGAAACAGUGGCUUAUGGGGUCGGCUCUUGUAUGAUGUGGGCCGGCAUUUCCUUCGACGGUAAAACCGAGCUUGUUUUCGUGCCUGGUGGGGGACGAGGAGGCGGUCAACUUCGGACGGGUACAUUUCCAAUAUUCUGCUGGAACGUGUCGUUCCCUAUGCGGGAUAUGCCGGUGAUAGCUUCCUCCUUAAGCACGAUAACGCUCGUUGUCACACUGCCCGUGGAACAACUGAAUACUUCGAAGAAGUCUAUAUCGCCACAUUGGACUGGCCUGCGCUCAGCCCUGACUUGAAUCCUAUUCAGCACGUGUGGGAUGAACUGAAGAAUAGGGUUCGUUCCAGAACUUCUGCUUCUUCAUGCCUGAAUGAGGUGAAAUCGGCGUUGAUUGAGAAGUGGGAAGGUAUCCCACAAGAAUCAAUUCAAAAGCUGAUCAGGUCUAUGAAGAAUCGUCUUCGAGGAGUUAUUAGGGCAAGGGAAGGGAACACAAAGUACUGACAUUUAAUUUUAAGGCUAAAUAAAAUUUUUAUUUAUUAAUUUUUGUUGUUUUAUGCAUUCAUUAU